UGUCGUAAUCUCAAUCUGUUCUGCUGCUAAAAGAAGUCUUAAACUACUUCUUAAGGGCAUUUGUAAAGCGAAAACCUUAAAUUUUGUCGAUAUUUGAUCGUGAUUUGUAUAAUACGUCGCAACGUGGUCGGUUUACUCCUGCGUCGCUGAAGAGUAAAGAUGAGUUUAGAUCAAUCCUCGAAGUCCUUGGCGGUGGUUGACUGGGUGAUAAUAGCCAUUUAUUUCAUUGGUUGCAUGAUCGUCGGAUUGUGGGUAAGUGUAAAACAAGUCUUGUAAAUAUGAUGUAGAAGCGUCGAGCCAUGACUGAGCAAACUUAGGCUUAUGUUAAUUUUGUCUAUGCGUAGAACGGGCUGCUACAACCGUCAAAUUUACAAACACACAACACUGCCAGCGUGGAUUAUGCUAAUCGUUGAACUUUGAAAAGGUUCGCUUUAAAGAUUCGCAAUAUUUGUCGUCGAUGGCUAAACAUUCAUUUUGUUUGGCGUUGAUCGCCCGGCAACAAAGUUUAGAUCGAAGAAUACCGCAAUCGAAUAUUGCAUGCGUUUGUAAACAUGUAUUUUUCAGGAAAUAUUUUUCCCCCGAGACCAGUUUUGAUUAUUUAUUUCACAAUUCGGAUAUUACUUACUUAACUCGCUUAAAAACUAAUUGCUCAUUUAGAGAUCAAUUCUGGAUUUUAAACGCGAAUGCACUUUAGCUCUAAUAAUAGUUUGAUUUCACGAUAACACAUCGGCUCGCUGUUUUGCCUGCAUGGUUGUGUAAGUGACUACACAUAUUGAAUUACGGAAGUACCGUAAUUCUUUGAUGAAAAACAAAGGAAAUCAUUGUUACCUUCUGCAAGGAUAAUACUGCUUGAUAAGACAACAUGAAUUCUAGUAAUGUUCGACUUCUUAUCUGUAAUAGCCUAUUGUGUAAACCUUCAUCACAACUAUCAAAAUCUACUCCUUGGCUCAUACAGUCAGCUAUCUCUACGACGGACCAACACUGGCCACUGGGUUUCUGAAAUAAGGUGUCUGCCUUGAAAUGGUCCAAAAAUGAUUGAAGAAUGGGGGAACUACAGUAACCAAGUGUUUUUUGUGUUUAUUUUCUUCAAGCUUGCUUGUAAUCGUGGUUCAAUGUUUGUAAAUAAAAAAUGCUUCAGCUUUCGUUUAACAAGUUGCAACUUGUGGGAUGGAAUAGGGUCCAUCUCUUAACUUUGUUCAACAGUGUUCAACAAGUUGAAUCACAUUAAACGUAUUUCGACAUGGAAUGGCACGCUGUUCAACAUUAUUUUGUUGAUUACUAGCUGCAAAAUUUGUAGAUCAAGAAACGUUGAAAUGCAUCAUAGACUAUUUUAUAUGCAGCAGUCAGAUCUUUACCCAGAACAACCUGCAUGCAAAAUGGAAAGUGAAUGAUGCCAAAGCUACAUCUACAGGCUGCCAAAACAGAUUUUAUUUAUCAAUUAAAUUGAUAAAUAAGAUUUUAUUCCUCUACAAAAAAUAGAAAGUUUUAUCAUAAGCUCUGUGAGCAGCAGUUACUGGCCCCAAGCCAAUCCUGAGAGUAAUAUUUAAUUCGAUCUUAAAUGGGCAUUGUUACUCUGCUCUAGUGGUACUUAACUAAUGAGGAAAUAUUCACAUUAAAAUAACCUCGAAGAUAAUGGCCACACUUUGUUCCAAUGAGAAGCUAGAUGGUGCAGAACUUUUCAAGGUGUACCACUUUUCUGGAAGGAAUGCACUUAAUAAAUUGUGUACAUGUAAAAUAGGUUACUCUUUUUAGCUGGAGAAAAUUGAAUGAGUACCUUUGCUCAGCUUUGCAGGGGCAUUAAGAUUCAGGGCCGUUCAUGCUCUAGUACUGCCUUAAGAGCAGUUUCCGGUGACAACAUGAGAUAAGGAUUUUGGAUCUGGAUUUUGUAAUGUUUAUGAUCUGUAGGGAUCCCUACAAUUUUUGCUGGAGUACUGCUACAGCAAUGAGUUUUGUUAUGAAUAGUUAAGUUAAGAAGUUAUAUAUCAAAACUCUUGACUCUGUGUCAGACAAGGAGAAUCUUUUUUCCAGCAAGUGACUUUCCAUGCUCAUGGACAACUAAAAUUUAAUGAUGGUUGGAAAGGAAAAAAAUGAUAUAGAUACACAGGCAGUCAUUGGAGUUACAAUAUAAUUUUGGGUAAUUUUUGGAACUUCUGUAUAGUAUAAGUAGGAGAAAGUCAUUCAGCCAAUGAGACAUUUUUGCCACAAAAAUCUUCCUAUUUACCUGGCAAGCAGAGUUUCCUUUGGUCAUCCUAGAGACAGUGCUUGCAGGGGACAUUAUUUUCAUUUAGCUGAAGAAAAACAGUGCAUUCUGUGAAUCUGCAAAUUCAUCACUCACAUGUGCAAGCUUGUGGAAACAUGGCGAGACCUGGUGUAAUUAAUUUUCCUUCCGGGCAAGGCGGUUCAACCUUUUUUUCUCAAGAGUGUUAUUGGUUUUAGCCAAGAUGCAGUUUAGGAGUAAACAUUUAUCUGAUCAAACAAAAUCUUCAGUGGACUGAAAACAAUCUAAUUCAAACAAACAAAAUGUAAUUUCAGGAUUUCAGCAAAAAUGCCUCCAUUCAGCGUCGUAUGUGCAGUGAGUCAUGACUGUAUUGUUCACUUAUCUCUGAUCUGUCCUGUCUGGGUUAUAACAGGGAGCUUAUUAGCAUGAGCAAGUGGGGGAGUUAAUGAGGCUUGCAGAACACGAAUGUUGCUUGCCAAAGGCUGAAAUUCCAAUAUAUUUCUAAAGACCUCUUCAAAUUCAGAGUGUGACCUAAAGCAGUGAAACCCUUGUGACAGGGGUGAGCUGAUAUAACCUGCAUAAUUUUUAUAAAAAAAUUUGAAACUCUUGUUUCCUCUUGUACUUCCUGAACUAUGCUUAGCACUGUACAUGAUCGAAGUCGGUAGAAGUUGCCAAAAUGAUAAUCUAUUUUUGUAUUUUCUUAUUACCUCACUGACUAUUUAAGCAAUCAUGAUAUUAGUAAAAAUGAAUUUUGAUGAUAAUCAGAGUUAGAUAUAGACUUGAGAUGCCAUGAGGGUGGGUUGUGUUAGGUGCUCCCACAGGGUACGUAGGGGCCGGAACUCUUAACAUUUUUGGCCUUAUUUGGAUGUUGAAACACGCUGAAACCAAACAUGUUUUUGCUGCAACAUUUUGAAUCAAUCAUUUACUUCCAUGUAAAAAUAAAUUUCUUCCUUAUAGUAAUCCCUCGGAUCAUAGUUUAAAUUUUGACAUGUACUUAUAUUCAAUACCAUAACUUCCUCAUACAAUGCAGUGUCCCUCAAAAUGAUACCUCCAACUCAGAUAAUUCUCUGACUGUAUACAAUAUACAUUGUGGGUUUUUUUGGCUUAUAUGUAUUUCUCCAAGCUUAAUACAAAUAAAAAACAAUACAGAAUAGUUCUUACUUGGGCUAAAAUUGUGGUAUGCACACAAAACAACAUAGAGGUUUAUUCAGAAAUCAUAAGAUAAUAUUAUUUUAACAUAAGAUAGCCGAGUCAAAUCUCAGAAAUAACAAUUACAACAGCAUCAACAACAAAUAAAAUACAUAGGCACCGUGAAAGGAAGAAUAGGAAGUUACUGUAGUUGUACGUCAUGUGAAAACUCCCUAUGAAUGAUCAGUGUCAUAAAAAUGUUUAACAAUAAUUAUUGAGGUUGAAGUAGAAAAUUACCAGUAGAAGAAAAUAUCAUACUUGCUGUUAUUGCCAAUGCUCUUAGACCCUAGUAACACCUAUUUUAUUAAUAAUUAUAUAAUGAUUAUUAUAACGCUAACACUCAGUGGACGUAGUGUCCAUGUAAUAGAAAUGUCUUUCUUUCAAGGUGCUAUAUUUUUUUUACGUAAAGUUUGUUUUUACAGAAAAUGGGAAAGAAAAAUAUGAGACUCUCUGAUGCUUGUGUUGGUGCAAUUCUGAGUGUCUGAUUUAAAGUGUACUCUAUAUUAUAACUUAAGGAUUAAAUAAUACUACUGUUUGUUUUAGUCCAAAUUCAGGAAACAGAGAGGCAGGGAAGAAACUGCGGAAACCUACUUCUUGGCUGGGAGGUCUAUGAUGUGGUGGGCGGUAAGUACAUUUUACAUUCAGUCCUUUUGUAAUAACUUUGAAUUUUCUUUCUUGAUUGAAUUAUUGUUUCCACUUGGAAGGUUAGGGUUGGAAGUUACUUUAUUUCUUGGGGAUCUUUGACCAUCACUAAUUCGUAUUAAUGUUACUUGAAUUGUUAGGUUGGGCCCAGUUUGUUUGCCAGUAACAUUGGUAGUGAGCAUUUUGUUGGUCUGGCUGGAUCAGGUGCAGCAACAGGCAUUGGAGUUGUGUCCUACGAAUGGCAGGUACAGGCACAUUCUGUUUAGGGCUGUGUACAUGGAGGGAGGGAGGGAGGGAGGGAGGGAAGAUCUUAGAAGGCAGAACCCCCUGAACUUUCUGUUGAGUUUACUUGCAGAAAUUUUGGUCAGUGUAGUGCCCAAGCAGAGAAGGUUCGAGCGGGAAUUGAAAAUGGUGGGCAACAAAAGGCAAAUGCAGUUUGGGCCCUUCUGCUCUCUUUGCUAGCUUUAACAAGAAACUUUCAGCAGAAUUAUCACAAUUAUCAGGUCAUGGUAACACCAAACAAAAUGGUUGCGUGGCCUUUAUGGCUGUGAUUGUCCACUGAAUGAACCGCCAGUGACCAUUUUUGCGGUCUGGUUUGUCCCUAGUACUAGGAUCUUCUUAGCGACGGCAGUUUACGUGGUGCUGGAUCUUUGUUGUGCUACCUCUCAGCGAGGACGAUCCUAGUACUAGGAAGAUCCUAGCCAGGGUUGUAUCUAGAAUUUAGCGUUAGGGGGAGAAGUCCCAAGUGGGCAGAGGCCCCAAGCUUCCUACUGGGGGCCGCUGAGAUGCUAUCUGGUGCAGUUUUGAGACGCACUUUUGAGAAAUGUUACAAUUGUUACAAAGGUACAACCCUUUGCAUGUAAACCAAAUACAGAAAACACAUGGCGCUACAGGUAUAAUCCACCUUCACGGAUCUUCCCGGUGCUAUAUAGACCUUCCUCUCUCCACGCAAACAGCCCCUUCGCUAUGUAAACCAAGUGACAAGUAUUGAUGGGUCAAUGAAACACUAAAAAUUUGAAUGUCAAAUUUCAAUGAAUGUUCCAAUAUUUAAGUUAAUUAUGAGGACUGUAUAGUGGGAAUUGAGUGACUAAGUCAGAGGUUAGCUUUUUUUUCAAGUAAUACAAUUUCAUCCCAUGUUAAUAAUAUAUCGGCCCUUGAUAAAAUUAUUAUGAUGAUCAUUAUCAUUAUUAUUAUUCAUUGUCAUUGCAUGCAGGUAUUAAUUCAUGUAUAUUUUUUGUAGGCAUGCUGGAUUCUGCUGCUUCUUGGCUGGAUUUUCGUCCCAAUCUACAUCCGAUCCAGGGUUAGUACUGACAGUACUCAUUACUUGUUGCAUGUUCAUUGCACAGACUGUUCCACAAACAUUUUACACGCCAACCACAAAAAGCAUUUCUCUUUGGUAGACACCAGUAAUGCUUCAGGGUGCAAAGAAAAUCAUUUUUACAGCUUGCCAUUCGGGCAAGCUGAAGAUAGCAUUUACUAGCCCAGAUGUCAUUUCAACUGGCCCAAAAAACUUUUUGACUGGCAGAAUUGAUUUCAUAGUUCUUCUGUAAUUUGAAUUCCUCAAAAACAUCACUUGCCUGUCGGGCAAGUUAAAAACAGAAUUCACGAGCCCUAUAGCAAAACAGUUACAAUUAAUUCACUAAUAUUAUGCUGCAUUAGAAUAGGGGAGUGUAUCAUUCAGACAGCUAGUAAAUUUCAUGAGGUACUGGUGUGGUUUGGGAACACUCGCUAACAUUCUUUUUUCUUAUUUUUUUUUCUGCUACAGAAAAGCAUUGAAUAAUGUUGUGACAAAUAAAAGUGCUUGACUGUAGCCUGAGUGUCUCAUUGAACAUUCAAUAAACACAAACAAUCUCUUAAUCUUGUACAAUUGUGUAAUUUAAUUAAAUGUACAUGAAUUAUACAUGUAGGAUCUGACAUAAUGCCUCAUGUUUAAAACUUUUUAGGUGUUUACAAUGCCUGAAUUUCUGCAAAAGAGAUUCCAGAAUCCAUGGAUCCGAACAUAUUUGACUGCUGUGGCUUUGAUCUCCUAUGUGUUUACCAAGUUCUCAGUGAGUUUUCAUUACGUUUGUUAACUUUUUAAAUAAUUACAUGUAUUUGUAGUCUGAUUAAAUUUACAAGAAAUAAUAAUGUUUCAGAACAAAGUUAGUGAAAGGCCCUUCAAUAAAAAUUUGAAAAAGUUAGGGAAUUAUGUGUCCAAAAAGGUUUUUUAAUUAUAGUUUUUAUGGAGAGCUGAUACCAUCGUCUUUGCUAAAUCAAAUAAGCCCCCCACCCCAUCUCAAAUAAGCCCUCCGUAUCUACUUUUAAAAAAAAAUUCAAAAUUGUUUGAAAAAAAUAAGCCCCCAAGGUGCUUAAUAGAGGAUUUACGGUAGGUUCAUUAUUGUGUGCAAGAAAUUGCACCAUCACAUUAACCCUCAGAAGCCCUAGUGAGCAUACAGUGUGUAACAUAUCAAAGUAAUGUUUCAUUAGGUUGAUAUCUACGCUGGAAGUUUGUUUCUGUAUGAAGCUGUUGGUUGGAAUAUUUACAUCUCUGCUGCUGCCACUUUGGCAAUAACUGCUAUCUACACAGUCCUGGGUAUUAAAACUUAUUCUGCUAUUCGUUACUUUUGAUAGUAAUGUUUUGUGCUUAAAAAAAUGAUUUUUACGAACAGUCUCAGCACGACACUGUUUCUAUUUAAAGUAAACACAAACUGGACACCACGGUAAGACAUGGAGAGGACUGUGUAGCAUAAAUUUAUGCAAACUUAAGUAUGUGGAACAAAUAUGAUGUAAUUUGUGCGUUUCAAAAUCAAUUUCUGUUGUCACUUAGUCGUAGCAGUCCCAACAUUAUAGUCCACAUCACUCGUCCACCAGUACAGUAAUCUUAUACAUUCAGCUCCAUUGUUAAAGGGGCCUUGUACAAACUAUACCGUGGAUAAAUUAUUCAGUACCAGGGCUGUGGCGAAUUGCACAGUAAGGAAGUACUCUUGGUUCUAGCCUGCAGGCAUUUUUUAACGAAAACUCGGAGGUACAUUGAUCGUGGCCGCCAUCUUGAAAAGCAACGAAAAAGACUAAGGGGGAGGGGCAGUGGAAGGGGGGAGGCAGGGAGGAGAGAGAGGAGUAUUUUUUCCUCUCCUCCCCUCCCCCUCCCCGAUUUUAAACCCAUCUACCUCUCCCUUAAAAACACUUUUUGACUCGUCCCAACUCUGUGGUAGUAUUAACGUCCAAGAUAGCAGGACAACGUCAUUCCUGAAAACAAUUCAUGGAUCCCGCUCUAUUUUCCUUUUGUUUCCUAUGAAAGUAGCCACAACUCAUGCUCAUAGUAGCCAGGGAAAGUCCCCAACCCCAGGAUCUUAGUGACAGCCCUGAUGAGUACCAUGCUGCACUUUUAAGUUAAGACAUUCUGUCUUAAGGUGUAGGGGCAUUUUACAGUUACUUUAAUUGGGGAUAAAUUCCAUAAUGUACAAGUUUCAGAUCUAGGAGUUGCUUCAUGUAGUUCCAAGGGGGUGGGGGUGCAUUUAUGCAAAGCUGGGCCGGGUUGUUCAAAGCAGGGUUAAGAUAACCCAGGGCUAGUGCGAUAUUUGAAUCCAGAUAUGAAAACUUAAAAUGCAAAUAAGUUUUAUUCUUUUAGCCUAUAAUUUGAUUAGAGGAUGGUCUAAAAAGAAUAGAUAAAAUUAUCCAGGAAAACGCUUUGAACAAAAGAAAAAGAAACCCAGGUUAAAAUUUAACCCUGGGUUAGCACUAAUCAGCUUUCGAACAACUGGGCCCUGAAGACUUACCAUAAAAUUCCGAAAAUAAGCCCCUCCUUGUAUAAGCCCCUCCAAAUAUAAGCCCCCCAAACUCGUGACGCUCGGGGGCUUAAUUGUACUUGGAAAAUUGCCCUUAAAUACAAAGUAAAACAAAGCAAAAACGGUAAAUUUACUUCCAAAUAUAAGGCUAGCCCAUUCGAUUUUGAAACCCAAAUUUCCCUCCCUAGAUAAGCCCCUCCGAAUAUAAGCACCUCCGAAUAUAAGCACCUCCAAAAAUAAGCCCCUCAAAAAGGGCCUUUGAAAAAUAUAAGCCCUGGGGCUUAUUUUCGGAAUUUUACAGUAUUUGAGUACAGCUGUACUUAGCAUACUGUGCACUCUUGGUUAUUAUCUCAGGUGGCCUGACUGCUGUGAUCUACACAGAUGUGCUUCAGUGUACCAUCAUGCUUAUUGGGGCUAUUGUGCUGGCAAUCAUGAGUAAGUACUAUUAUACAAAAUUAAUAGAUAUGGUUCUUCAGCUGCCUAUUACUGGCCAUGACAAGCCAAGGGUACUUAAAAUUUAACACUGGAAAGCCAGAAAUUCGGGUAGGAAACUCAAAUGGCUCGCACAAUUUCAUUUGGGAAGCUUCGUCAGAAAUUGUGGGUUGUAAUGUGAGAGAAGGCAAUUUUUCUACACUAUUUUGCCUGUCCAGCUUAUUAGGAUAUACUUUAUAGUGGUUUGUUCUGGCAUGAAUUCGUUAAUGGUAAAGCACCCCCAUAUCCCAUGAAUCAUUUUCUGACAGUAAUUUGGUAUCAGGAACAAAACAUUACGCAGCCCAUACCAGUAUCAGUCAUCUUGUAAGAGUUUUGAGCAAAAUUUCCAGGUGCAGAUGGGUUAAACAGCAGUCUCAAAUAAUUAUUAUGAUGCAUUAAUAAUUUCACUCUUUUUUUUUUGUUGUUUGUUUGUUUUUUUUUCAUGUGUUAAGGCUUUGUCAAAGUUGGAGGAUAUGAUGGCCUUUGGGGAAAGUAUGCGACUGCUGUUGGGACAUCAGUUCAUGCCACAAUGGCUCCAACAACAGCUGGCAACAUCUCAGCUACAGUUGCAACUAUUGCAACAAGUAUGGUCAAUGUUACCAAUACCUAUAACAUGACCACUCCCUCACCAACUAACGGAUCAGAUCUUGAGGCCUGUUUCAAAGUAACUCCAUAUUGGGGUAACAUGUUUCGACCCCUGGAUGAUCCUGGCUACCCCUGGCUUGGCCUGUGGACAACGCUGCCCAUCAUGGGAGUUUGGUAUUGGUGUACUGACCAGGUAGAAUAAGAGUUCUUAGUGUGUACUGGCAUAGGGUGCUUACCAUUUGACAGGAAAAUCCAGUUGGGAUGUCAAAAGCAUAAUGGUACAUGAUUUACCAGUUUACCGCAGAAUUGCCACAUCCGUUACAGUUUGAAUCCAAAAAAGGGGUGAAUUUGUGUAGCACAAGAAAUUGGUAAAUGGUACAUCUAAGCAACAUUCAGUUUGGUUAGUACAAACUGGAAUGAAUAGACUACCUCAAAUCAUACUCCUCAAAUGUUUCUGGAAUUUCCGAAAAGUGAGCUUACCAUUUACCUUCCAUCCGGAAUUUCCAAAAUUUUCUGUCAAACAGUAAGCACCUGUGAUCUUCAUGUAAAACUUAUAAUAAUGAAUAAAAGCUUACUUGAAUUUUGCUUUUCCUUCAUGGUGUGUUUCAGAAAUGCAUUAACUGGUGAAGCAGAUAAGUACAUGCUUUUCAGUGAGACACAGCACUUUGGCAGCUUUUCUGUUGUGUACCAUCUCAUACGUUGCCUUGAAAUUCAUAAUUAUGUAUUAAUCAUUUCAUCUUCAUCUUUCUUCGGUAUAUCAUUAAUCCAUUUAAUAACCAACUGCAUAAGUUAUUAUGUUGCAUCUUUAACUGCAAUGGCCUCCUUUGCAUUUAUUGGGUUAAUUGUUAGUAGAAAUCAAAAUCCUAUGAAAAUAAAGGGUAUUACAUGGCCGCGCGGAGAUACGAAAGUUCCCUUCCAGUGUUGAAAAAUAUUUCAUGCGUGAUUAAAAAUACAAGUAAUAGAAAUUAGUUCUAAAUGCGAGUGAUCUGACUGUGUUCAAUGCAUUCCAUUCAUUCUUAGGGGAAGUCCAAACGAAGGUGGCUGCAAACGUGCAGUUUAUCCCUAACAACCCGUAGAUUAGGAGUGCAGUCUCCUCUUGUCGCCUGCAAUUAAUUAAUACAUGUACAUUUCUAGAUGUAGUUAUAAUCAAAUUUAAAUUUAUUUUUAUUUUUUUUAAAAUUUUUUCCUAGGUGAUUGUUCAACGAGCUCUUGGUGCCAAGAACAACGUCCAUGCCAAGGCUGGCUCAAUUUUGGCUGGUUUCUUGAAAAUCCUUCCAAUUUUCAUCAUGGUUAUGCCUGGUAUGAUUGCUCGUGUGUUGUAUGCUGAUUCAAUUGCUUGCCCAGACCCUGAAUCCUGUGUUUACCACUGUGAUAACGAGUGGGGAUGUACUAACAAUGCUUAUCCCAAGUAAGUUAAUUAGAUUGAUUACCAUACCUGCCUUAGCUUGUCUCCCUCCUAGUGUCUUUCCCAUCUGUUUUAUGCAGUUACAGGCUUUCCGAUAGACUGCAAAAAUUAAGUAUAUAGUGAACUCAUGAAAUUAUGCAGACAUUUCUGGAGGUCAGGUAUUUCACCUGCCUGUAAUACCUGUAAUAGUGCAGUUUUAAGCCUCCUGAAAGAGUGUUAAGAUGGAAUCCACAAGGAAAUUGAGUAAUUUUAAUUUUCAGUGGACAACAACCUUGUACUAGAAUAAUUUAAAGCAUAAUUAUUGCAUUCAAAUUUAUAUUUUUGAAGGGCUUAUGAUGUAAUUAGUCAUCUGUAAUAACACCAACAAAAAUUUCGUAUGGGAGCUCGAGCAAAUGAAAGUCAAAUUUCACAAAAUUACAUCUUUUACAUGAAAUUUUCAGAAAUUUACCGGUGUUGUCACAACAAUAAUUGUGAAAUUUGGCAUUCAUUUUCUCGGACUCCCAUGAGAAAUUUUCUUUGGUGUUAAUGCAGAUGACUAAUUACAUCUUUAGCCCUUCAAAAAUAUAAUAAAGAAUGCAAUAUUCUUUAAAUUAUUUUGGUACAAAGUUUUUGUCCACUGAGAAUUAAAAUUGCUCAAUUUCCCAGUGGAUUCCUUCUUAAUACUAUAAGAAGUAAAUUAUGCAAACAUCCUGAAACUCACAUUAUACAGCAAAGAAAUGUUUAUGAUGAUGGUGUUAAAUAAAGGGUUGAAAUACCAAUAUUUGACAGUUUAGUGAUAAGCCAAUGACAUAACAUGUAUAAAGUAUGCACUGUUAUAUCUUAAGUUUGACAAGAGAGAAAUUAUGUCAUCUGAAGAAUUUUUUUUUUCCUUUUUAUUUAGACUGGUUCUAAAUGUCCUUCCGGUUGGUCUGGUGGGGCUCAUGAUGGCUGUUAUGAUGGCAGCAUUGAUGUCUUCACUUUCAUCAGCUUUCAACAGCAGUGCUACCAUCUUCACUGUUGAUAUUUGGUUGCGUGCAAGGCCUCGGGUAUGUUAAACGCAGAUGCAUUGUUUGUUGGAUUUUGAAGCUCUGUCGGAAUCAUUGCAGUUGGAAAAAAUUAGGUUGCAUGUCUGCAUGUAUUUUUAGCCGUGAUUCAUUUCUCUCUCUUAUGUCCAGAAAUGCACACAACUUGGACCUUGGGUAGUUCACAUUACUACUAAAUCGGCCACAGCUGAGCCAAGUCAAUACUUCAUAUUGGCACAAUAAUUAUUAUUUGUAAUUUCCAUAUCACUAAAUGUUUGACAGAGUCAGCUUGUGUUAGUGUGAGGUAAUGUGAGUCUCAUUAGUGUGCAUUUCUGGACAUAACUAAUUCCUUCUGAAAAAUUCAAAACACUUUUACAAUAAUAAUAUUAUUAUUUAAUCUCAUUUUGUCAGAAGAAACCAAUCAGCAGUAAACUGAUCACAUGACUCAGAAUAAUGAAAUAAAACUUAGUGUUGGAUGAAGUUAUGGAAAUGCAUGUGAUCCUGGAAGGACCUCAAAGGGAUGCAUUAUAUUUUCACGAGAAGAUCAAACUUUAACUGUAUUUUCAUCCCGUAGGCUUCAGAGAGAGAACAGGUCAUCGUUGGCCGAGUGGUUGUUGCUGUUCUUGUUGGCGUCAGUUUGUGCUGGCUGCCUGUCAUCAAAGGAUCUGCUGGAAAGGAACUGUUUGUUUAUAUUCAGACCAUUCAAUCCUACCUGGCUCCUCCUAUCACCAUGGUGUUUGGACUGGGUAUCCUGUGGACUGGUCUUACUGCUGCCGGUGCAUUAUCAGGGCUCAUCAUUGGUUUUAUCCUGGGAAUGGCCAAGUUUAUUGUUGGAAAUGUCUACCCGAGCCCUGGGUGCGGCAGUGUUGAUGAUCGCCCAGGAUUUGCAAAGAUGCACUUCAUGUAUUAUGGUGAGAAUUGCUACUAUCUUAAAUACAACCGUAGACCUGUAGAAAUUAAUUCAUCUUCAUUGCCAUGGACAAAGUCUCAAAAACUUAAAAACAACAUAUUUUUCUUGAUCACGAACAUGACUGUUAUUGCCUGGAAUGUAAGAUAUUAUGAUGGGCCUUCCACAAUUUCUUAACCUUGCAUUUUAGAUGUGCAGUCCUAAUUGUCUGCAGUUGUCAAACUUUGUUCUGUUUCAAUAUCAUUAUACAUUGUAACAAACCCAGCACUAUGUUGUCCGGGCAUUGUCUUUCAGCUGUGAACUGUCACAUAUUUUGUGCCUUAGUUUAAAGUUUGCCCCACGACCAUUCCAAGUCAUUAAUAGUAGUUGAUAAUCCUUGCCAUAUAUCUCUUUUCUUUUCGUCAGCCAUUAUCAUCUUCGGAGUCAGUGGUACUGUGAUGGUUGUGGUCAGUUUCUUCACAAAGAAAAUCCCACGAAGUGAACUUGGAGGACUGACAUGGAGUACCAUCAAUGAAGCGCCCAUUGCUUUUGGUGCCAUUGGUGAACAUCAUGACCACCAGAAGGUCGAAAAUGGAACUAUCUCUAGCAAUGAAGCUGUGGAACUCAUUGAGAAAAAUGGUGAGAUCCCUCUCUUGUUUGUUUGUUUGUUUUUGUUCUUUAUUAAGGACAGCAGGCAGCAUGGCUGAGUGAUUUAGAGUGCUCAAAAUGUUAUUCUGUCUUUGUCUCAACAACAAGAUAAUGGUAUUCUUUGCUGACCAGUACUCAUCACUCCCAUACUGCGCGCAGUACAUGUACAUUAAAGUAAGAACUCUGCACACAUCCCCCCUAGUUAAUAGUUAGUUGUAUACGGCAGGGCUGUCAUUAAUUUUUAGAGCAGCCAUAGCAAAUAAAGAUUCACCCGUCUCAUCUCACGUGAAAUUUAUGGUAACACCUUGAGCUUUCCACGUUGAUCACCCAUAACAUCAAGUGAGCUCAGCCAUAACAGGUGUUACAGGUUUAUGGCCCUAUAAUGACAGCUCUGUAUGGUGUGUACAAUGUAUUGACUUUUCUUGUUUUAUUGUUAUUUAUUAGGUGACGUAAGCCCAACAACCCGUGUGGAAACUUCUUUUGAUGUUGGAGGAGAUCAUGGUAUUGUCGAAAAGAAUGGUCCGGAGAAGGCCUUGAAAGAAGAAGCAAUUGCAAUCAGUGAUGCAACAAACGAAAAAGUCAAGCUCACAAUUGUGCAGUUUACUGAAGAGGAUCCAAUCCUGAAAUGGUUCUUACGAAUCAUGAGUGUCAUGCUGCUCGUCUGUUUGCUCUUCUUAUGGAUUUACUAUCGUUAAUUGCCAGGGAUAAAGUAAUACAACCAUCAAAUAACACUUGUUGUACAUGUAUGUAUAGUGUACUUGUACACGUAGACUACGUAACUGGCAAGUUACAUGUACAGUGAAGUAUCUAUAAUGAAAAAUCUAAUUAGCUGCAUGCAUAAUGCUCUAGAACUUCUCAAGUUAACAUCGUCUUGCACUUGUACAUGACGAUUUGCCAUAAUCAUAGCUUUGCUCUCAAAUAAAUAAUCUGUCAGCUACACAGGCUAUUAAAUUUGUUACUCACAGUAGAACGUUAAAACAGUGCUCAGGUUAUAUUAUAAUCAGGGAGGAGUGAGUCCUUUUGGGGUGCCAGUUGGGAGGGCAGGGGAGCUAUUUCAAGGGAAGUGGAAAUUUUUGGUUUGGAAAAGUCAAAGUCAUCUAUUUUUAUUUAUUUUUUGUAUUUAAAUAACUUUAUCAAGACACUGACAAAGAAUAAAUGAAAAAAGUGGCACUGCAAUGGCUGUAGCCAUUAUUACAGUCAGAAGGCCCAAGGGUUGAUGGAAAGUGUCCUGAAGCAUUUACGUAUUGAGGAAAGGGAGGGUUUUCUGGGUUUGGACAUUUUUCAAAAUUGCUAUAGCCCUACAGAAAAUGACAGGCCCUACAAAAGUUCACUAUACCUCUGUAUGCUACUAAAACAUGAUAGAAUUCACUUGUUAGCAGUAGAUCCAUUAAAAGUUGACUGUAUUUGCACCUCUGUAUGUUAACUAAAAUCAUGAUGGAAUUCCCUGUUAGCAGUAGAUGCAUUAGCCCACUGGCAGGUUUUUUUUUUCUUUUCAUGAAACAUGAGUCUGUAAAAGACACCUUUCAGCAUUAUUGUACAGGUUAAUACGGUUAACAUGCAAGGUUUGGGAAACUCCUGUCCAGUCAUCUGGGGAAAAAACAAUUUUUUGUUGGGCAAGUAGAUUUUCAUGCUCGCUUGUCCAAUGGGGAAAGGCAUAGACAAGUCUUAACUAAACCGUAAAAUUAGACAAGGAUACAAUGACCUUGGGCAAGCAAAAUUUGAGCACUGUUUGUCCCAAGGACAAUAAGUACUCAAAUUAUAACUACAUGUAUUUUAUGUUUUGAAGUCUUGAUUACGUGACUGUAGGUGAUAAUGUACAAAUGCACCUGUACAUGAACAUUUAGUGAUAAAAUCUUGAAAGUAAUAUUGAUUUACAGUGAAGUUAAUUUUUGUCAAUUUGAUUACUUUUUUGGCUUCAAGGAACAAUGUAACAUACUACUGCUGGUCUUACUUUCUUAAACAAGUUGUGAUAUUGUAUCUAGUUUGCUACUAGUGCACACUUUAGAGUUCCUUUAGAGUUUCGAGAGGCUUCUAGUUGUAUAUUCCAGGGACAGAAUGGCAGAUGCAUGUAAUGAGGGUGGGGCAAUUACUUUAGGGAUACACUGUAUUAAACCAGAAAAAUAGAAAAUAGGAAAGGGGGUUAGUGGGGCCCUUGUGUUCAGUGUAAGUUAUAGUUUAUUAAUUUUAUGUGAAAAAUCAAAAUAAUACUGACAUCAACACAAAAGUACUUCUGAAGAGGUUCAUUUCUACAGUGUAAUGUGACCACUCGAACAGGGACCUUAAUUUCAGGCCAUUGCUUGAAACACUACAUCAGCUGUCUUCACAAAGUUAACUCUAGCAGUGUUGUUUUUGCAAAUGGUGCAUUCACUAUGGAACAUUGAUUUAUCUGUAAUUUUUUUUCCACAAGGUGAGGCAGAUGUGCACAGGAUACCCACGUACCCCCAAAAUUAAAAAUUUGGAGAUGAAUGCCUUAAUUGAGUGUUAGUCAACACAAGACGUGUGUCAUUUUUAUUGUAAAAAAAACAUUGCAAACAAAGGGUGUGGAUUAUUUUUAUAGUCGACACUGUGUUAAUAGAAAAGACCUCAGAAUGUUGCAAUUUUUGCAUUGAAAAGCUGUCACGGGAGACCUUAAAUCCCAUUGUGGUGUAAGGAUCAUAAUAGUAUGGCGUAGUAAUUGUUUCAGUAUUAGAGGGCAGGUUAAGUCUUAUGAAUUGUCUUUUUAAGAAUGAAGUUGUCAAAUGUUGUUCUUAGUGGCUUAGAUACACAUGGUUAAUUUGUAUUAGGGAGAAGAACAGUGCAUAGAAGAAGCUGAAGUAGGAUUAAAUAUUGUCGAAUAAGUACAAAGUUUGGUUCUGCUCUGCUAGACAUUGUGUGCAUUCAUUGUACAUUAAAGGCUGCUACUGCUUUACUCACACUUGCAGCUUAAUAAUAAUCAGUUAUAAUUUGUAAUAAUAAAUAGCUUAUUAGAUCUUGUGGGGGCAAGUCAAUGAGACCCAGUAGCAAAACGACACAAUGUUUCUGAAUCAGCCAGGAAUGUCUGGCAUACAUGAGAAUUUAACUCAUUCCUGUCCUCAUUGGCCCUUUGCAGUCUUUGCCACUGGCACCUAGACACAAGAAUCUUGGCUCCAGUUGACAAAUAAGAAGACAGGGGGUUUGUUGCAGGUUUUUUUAGCUACUGGGCCUGGCAGGCUCUGAUUGAGAAGCUUAGCACCUGGCAAUUUUUUUAGUACCAUGGAUGUAAUUUCUUUGUUUUAUGACUCUGCCCCUACUAUCUAAUCAAAUCAUGUGAUCAUUAUAUCAUUGAUCAUAUGAUUAUUAUCUAUUUAAGUAUUACUCAUUGUGUGCCGAUAAUCAAGGUCUUAAAGAUAGUUUUAAUCAUAUAAAUUUUAUAGCUGAGUUUUUAUAUAAACUUGCAUUACUAUAACUAGAAGGGGCAGUGUGCACAGGAAGAAGUGUUGCACACUUCAGUAGAGGGUAACCCCUUUAUUUGCUUGCAACUUUUAACUUGUACACACUGUCCAUGGGAGAGCAUAAUCAAUACAUAUCGUAGUUUACAUAUAUUUUGGUAUAUCCUAAUCAUAUCCAUGGAAUAAUCAUGGUAAAUAUUGUUUAUUAAAGUGUGUUGAUUAUGUGGUUUAUAUGUUUUGGUAUAUCCUAACUAUAUCCAUUGUGUAAUGGUAACACUGGUUAUUUAAU